AUGAAUGUUGAACGGCUUGUGUACACAAGUACUUACAACGUUGUAUUUGGUGGGCAGGUAAUUCGCAACGGAGACGAAACUUUGCCUUAUCUUCCCGAUGAAAAGACUUUUCCUUUCUUUGUUUCUUUUCUUCUUUUUUCUCGUUGUUUCUUUUUGUUACACCCUGUUUUAUUCUAUAGGCUUUUCUUUUCUUUGUAUCUUUUCUUCUUUUUUCUCGUUACUUUUCCUUUCUUUGUAUCUUUUCUUCUUUUUUCUCGUUGUUUCUUUUUGUUACACCCUGUUUUAUUCUAUAGGCUUUUCUUUUCUUUGUUUCUUUUCUUCUUUUUUCUCGUUGUUUCUUUUUGUUACACCCUGUUUUAUUCUAUAGACUUUUCCUUUCUUUGUUUCUUUUCUUCUUUUUUCUCGUUGUUUCUUUUUGUUACACCCUACUUUUCUUUUCUUUGUUUCUUUUUCUUCUUUUUCUCGUUGUUUCUUUUGUUAGAGCCUCUUUUAUUCUAUAGACUUUUCCUUUCUUUUUUUUCUUUUCUUCAUUUACCUUCGUUUUUCACGUUGAUUCAUUUUUUAGACUUUUUUUAUUUUAGUGCUUUUUCAUUUUCUUUUUUUCUUUUCUUUAUUUUUCCUUCUUUUUCCUUUGUUUCUUCUUUGCUCUCUUCUUCGUUUUUCUUUUUUCUUUUUUUUUGUGAGACUAUAAUUUUAUAUUUUUUUUUCAUUCUUUUUUUUUUCUUUUCUCUCUCUUUUCUUUCGUUUUUCUCGUUUCCUUUUUCCGAGAUGCUUUAUCUAUUUUAUUGCUUUUUCCUUUCUUUUAUUUUCCUUAUCUUCUAUUUUCUAUCAUUUAUCUCUUUCUUUUUCGUGAGAUAUUUCUACUUUUCUUUUUCGUCUUUCUUAUUUUCAUUUUCCAUCUCAUUCUUUCUUUCUUUCUUUCUUUCUAUUUAUUUCAUGCCAUCUGUCCUCAUCGUCUCUUUCUCUUUGUUGCUGCUCGAUUUUACUUUUUGCCUAUUAUUUUUUCUUCUUCGUUAUUUCUCUUCUUUUCUUUCUUCCCCUCUUUUUUCUUUCUUAUUGAUUUAUUCUUUUCUUCCUUAUUGGUUUAUUCUUUUCUUUCUUUACUAA